AUAGUUGUUGACCAUGUCAUAGACACUCAAGUGUGAGGUGCCGAGUAAACACGGAUAUGUACUAGCCCCCCACCAUCUUCAACCAGUAAGACAAGUAUCCACCAUUUCAGUUGUGUUUUUAUUAAUGAAAUGAAAGUGUCGAAUCUGGAUCGAUGAGAGAGGUCCUUGAGUUGGUCAGUGCUGGAUAGUAUAGGUAGGGAUAUCAAUCACCGGUGUAAACAGCCACGAUCUCUAACAUUCUCCGUGGACUACUUCAAAAUGGACAUUCGGUUAGGCAGUGAGAAUAAUGAAUUCGUCGACGGAAUGAAUCGAGGUUUUGUGCCCUACUUUCCAUCUGCCAUGAUGCCAACAACACAAACGCCAUCGUUCGUAUUACCGGAAUACAGUCCAGUGUUACCACAAAGACCUUCGUCGACGAGUGAAGAAAGUAAUGAAGGGGGAGUAAAACUGUACCCUGGAGUGUCCUCAGCUUCCAGACCCCAUUCAGAAAACUCCAUGUCUUCUCCCACCAGUGCGACAUCUACCUCAUCAUCAUCGCCAUCAUCGUCGCAAGCCUCGUCAGACGCCGGGGGAAGCGAAACCACAAACACGAGUAAGAGGAAAGGGGCACCGUAUAUCCCAAGUUAUAUGGACCUUAGCAAUGGACCAGAACCUUGUGUUGUUUGUGGAGACGCCGCCACUGGGUAUCAUUAUCGCUGUAUGACAUGUGAAGGGUGCAAGGGCUUUUUCCGCCGUACAAUUCAAAAGAAUCUACAGUAUCACUGCAAGUGGAAUAAAAUGUGUUCGAUCGAUAAAAACUCUCGUAACCAGUGCCAAGAGUGUAGAUUUAGAAAAUGCUUAAAUGUUGGCAUGGCAACGGAUCUUGUUUUAAAUGAAAAGCAAAGAAAGGCAAAGAGAAAACUGAUAGAGGAUAAUAGAGUAAAAAGAAAACAAGAAACCACAAAAAUAAAGACAAAGCAGGCGGAAGGAUGUAAUCAUGAUACGCUUACAGACACGGACAAAACAAUUAUAGCGGAAGUGACGUCAGCCUAUGAGCAGACUGCUGUCAAAGUGCCAAUCAAAGAACCAAUGACCCAAGAUGGCUUACCCUCUUCGGACCCGGAAGCAUGGCAACAGUUAGCAGAAGCCAUGACGCCAUCUAUUGUCAAAGUUGUGGAAUUUGCCAAAAAUGUACCAGGCUUUAUCCAGUUGUUUGUGGACGACCAGAUCCUGUUAUUAAAGUCCUGUUGUAUGGAGAUCAUGUGUCUGCGCGCCGCCUGUCGGUACGAUCCAGAGAAAGAGACCAUCACCAUGCAUAAUGGUGUCUGUCUACACAAAUCGCAGCUCAAAUCAGAGGGACUUGGCCUCCUUGUAGAACCAAUAUUUGAAUUUGCUGUUGGUCUGUCGAAAUUAAAACUGGACAAAACUGAGCUUGCGUUACUUGCAGCAGUCUUGCUCAUGCAGUCUGAUCGCUCGGGUUUAAAAGAACCGGAAGCUGUAGAAAAACUCCAGGAUUCCGUACUUGGAGCAUUUAAGCGUUAUAUAGCGACCAACCGACCUCACCAACCAGUGCACUGGGCGAAGAUCCUCAUGAAAGUAACGGAUCUGCGCACUAUCAGUACCCGUCAUGCAGAGCGCGUGUUGUGCAUCCGGCUUGAUCACCAAGGUGAUAUUCCCCCGCAACUCUUGGACUUAUUCAAUGAGGGACAGACAUAUUAUAGUUGAAAUAAUUCAAGCGGACAUAAUAUACCUCGAAAUGAUGUUUUGUUGUUCACAGGUGCUGUAUAUAACUGGUGAAUAUGUAGUAUUAAUAACCAAUGCUUCAAGCAAUUCGCAUGUUAUCAUAGAAAUCCAAAGGUGUCUAAAAAAGAUGUCUCUUCAGUAAAAUCGGUUGUUGAUGGCGAUGAGAUAUAUCACAGGAAGUUAACUUUUCUCCGUGGUCUACUGCUGCCAUAGGUCUAUCAGCAUUGGGAAAGGUGUAUCAUAGAAGUUUUCAUUUGUCUUAAUGUGAAAAAAGUCAUAAUAAUGUUAAUCUGUAACCUAUUUAUUAGCUGAGUGGCACUGCUAACGUUGGGCAAAUACACCGUGCAUUUCUGAAAACUUUUCACGACUUUUUGUCACCAUAUGCUGUUAAAAAUAUGAAACUCUUGUUUUACUCGCUCUACAUUUAGUGCAAGCAGCUUGUAGUGUCUAAUAGUUAGUGCUAAUGUUUCUAAAAUUUUAAUUUGUCUUUGUUGGCAAACGCAGUGCAGAAAUUUCCCGAGUGUGUAUAAAGAAUUACGGGUUUUUGUGUUGUUCCAUGUUUCCCCUAUUAGAUAUAUGAAUUGUUAUCAUUGUUGUAAACAUAUAACUGUUUCAUAUUGUAUAUCGGUUGUUAUUGUAUUAAAAUUUAGCUGCUACAUCCAUACCUUUUCAGCCCAGGGGCGGAUCUUAUGCUGCUAAGUUCAAUACUUUUUGAUAAUGUUACUCAUUUUAGUCCUGUAUUAUUGAACGAAAUCUUGAAAGACUUGUAAGUUGUGAGCGAACAGUAUGACCAUAUUUCUUGACGCUCUUUAGAAAAUAUUCUUGGUUCUGAUAACUUCGAAAGAAAGAGCACAGUAAAACCGUGUUAUUGGCACUGUUCUCAGCUACUAGAAUACGACAGUCGUCUGUAAUAUAUCCCGGUCACAUUUUAACCUUGUACUUUCAAAGUGAUUCCAGCAAAAUCAAAUUAAAAUUUGUUUGUUUUUCUCUUUACCUCACUUUUGUUCUUUUUUCUUUAAUUUUGAAAUGAUCGAUUGUGCUAUGAAUUUGAAUUAAAAAAAUAAUCUUUUUAGACAUUAAUGAUAUAAAUUAACCUCUAUUUGUUUGGGAGUUUUUUUUUUUUUUUUAAAUAAAGAAGCUGCCAUAUUAUUUAAUCAACAGAUUGUUUCCCCUACUGAAUUUAAUUCAUUUGGUAGCUUGGUGUUUUGAACGUUUUACUCAAUUGUAACAAGAACCACUUUGUAUUUGAUUGUUGAUGUAUUUAUUCACAGAAACCGGUGUUACAUUUUAAUCAGAUUUGAAAGAUAGGUAUAGGUCUUACUGUAAAAUAAUGGCUGAUCACAUUAUUUCGGAACCAGCACUGCCGUCAUUUUUUUUAAUCUGUAGUUGACUGCUGUUGGAAUACAAUAUUUGAAUAAGCUAAUAAUGUAUGCCUCUGGAUUAUUUUGUUUCCUAAUUGAUUUAUUUUUAUCUUCUGAUUAAUAAACAUGCA